UAUUCACCAUUGUCAUUGUCCAGGACUCUAUGGUGUGUGACAUGUCGUGAAUUACAUUACCUACAAUAAUUCUUUUUAAAAUCGAUAAAAUAUCCUAAAGAUAUAAAGAUGGUUAAUAUUACUGAAGAAAAUUCAUCUGGUGAAACAGCCUCAGAUAAAUUAGUGCCGAGUGGAUCGAACAUAGAAACCACGGGUGCUGAAAAUGAAAAUGUGGAUAUUAAUGCCCAAAUUGACGAACAACGUCGUCGAAUGCAACCAACUAAAAUGGAAUCAUUUUUUGCCAUUACCAAGUCUCUUAUCAUAAGGGCACUAGUUGUAUAUUUUAUUACAUCAAUGUUUCGCCAACCAUCGGCACCAAAAAUUGAUGUGAACAGUGCCACAGGUGCUCCUAGAGUACCUGCAAUAAAUAUGUUUGACAAUGGAACAGUUUUAGAUAUGUAUUCUUACAUUUCUGAACGUGAAUUUAACAAUUUUGAAAAUGCACAAUUGAUUUGGAAACAGUCUGGACUUAUUUAUGGUGACUGGUCAGGAGGCCCCAAUAAUGAUGGAACAUAUACUUAUUCAACAAGUAUUGAAGCAUCAGAAUCACUGAAAAAUAAUGGGUCUAUAUAUCUGCAUGUUUAUAUUGUACCUUCUGGGAAAUCACCAGAUCCAAGAGAUAAGACUAAUAAUGCUGGGCAAUAUGUUACCUAUGGGAGAAAAAUGUUGAAUAAAUACAAGAAGUUGAAAUAUCUAAAAACGCACAAUCUUCUAACUGGGCAGAGUGAAAAAUCUGAAGAAGAGCUGAAGAAAGCGGAAACAAUGCAAGAAGAAAUAGUAUCCCAUUGGCAUCCAAAUUUAACAAUCAAUUUAGUUACAGAUCAAACUAAUUGGAUGCAAGGGAGUGUGCCUCCACCGUUAGAUGAGUUUAUUUACUUUUUACCUGAUGGUAAAAAGUAUAAACCAGCUGUAUUUUUAAAUGAUUAUUGGAACAUGAUGCGAGACUAUUUUCCCUUAAAUAAGACAACAACUACUCUUCAACUUGAACUCACAUAUCAACCACUGAGUCUUUUUAAAUGGCAGUUGUACACAGCACAAGUGAUGAGGGAUAAAUUGAGUGUAUUUUCUGCUUUAGGUGCUGAAGAGCAAGAUGAGGAGCAAGAUACUGUUAAAGAAUUGCUUCUUGAUACGUCUCCAUACUUGUUGGGUUUAACAAUAUCUGUUUCCAUUCUACAUUCAAUUUUUGAGCUUUUAGCAUUCAAAAAUGACAUUCAAUUCUGGAACAAUAGACAAUCACUUGAAGGUCUUUCUGUUAGAUCAGUCUUCUUCAAUGUCUUCCAAUCUACAGUUGUGCUGCUCUAUGUUCUAGAUAAUGAAACAAAUGUCAUGGUCAGAAUAUCUUGCUUCAUUGGUUUGAUGAUUGAGAUAUGGAAGAUAAAUAAAGUUAUGGAUGUCAAGUUGAAUAGAGAAGAUAGGAUAUUUGGUUUUCCAAAAUUGUCAUUCACUGAUAAAGGUUCUUAUGUUGAAUCAAGCACAAAGCAAUAUGAUAUGCUAGCUUUUAGAUACCUAAGUUGGGCGUGCUUCCCGCUUCUAGUUGGAUAUGGAAUUUAUUCCUUAUUGUACUUGGAGCAUAAAGGAUGGUAUUCAUUUAUUCUCAACAUGAUGUAUGGAUACCUUUUAACUUUUGGUUUCAUUAUGAUGACACCUCAGUUAUUCAUUAAUUACAAAUUAAAGUCUGUAGCUCAUUUACCUUGGCGUAUGAUGACUUACAAAUUCUUAAACACAUUCAUUGAUGAUAUAUUUGCAUUUGUUAUUAAAAUGCCAACAAUGUACCGCUUGGGAUGUUUCAGAGAUGAUAUUGUGUUCUUCAUUUUCUUGUACCAGCGUUGGAUUUACAAAGUUGAUCACAAGCGUGUCAAUGAAUUUGGUUUCUCUGGUGAAAUGGAGCAGCAACAAAAACAAUCGCAAAAUGAAAAUCUUGCUAUUACAAAUCAACCAGAAGCAACUGAUAAAAAGAAUGAUUAAAAUGUUUACCAUGUUCCAAUUCAUAUAGAUAGUUGAAUAAGGCAUUAGAGAAAUGUUUGUUAAUUAAUGUAAUGAACCACUUAAGUGUAAUCACUAAAUUCUGUUGUGUGUGCUGGAUUUUUUGGAGUGGCUAUAGGUAUUUGAUAGUUGUAUGUGGUGAAGCAUGAAUUUAAAUUUAAAAUAAUAAUAAAUAUGAUCAAUCAAUGAGGAUCAUUUUCUGGCAUUUACUCUUGUUUGCUAAUAAUAAACAAUUUUAUUAGAUAAACACCAACCAAAAAGUGAUUGUGAACAAAGCUUAUAUAGUAGAUAAAAUUGUAUUUAAUAUUUAAUAAUGAUACUUAUUAAUUUAUUUUAAAAGACAAUUGAUUAAUAAAUAUUUAUAUAAUAUACACAAUUUUGAAAGCUCAAAAUGGUUUCAGUAUUGCUUUUUGCUUAAAAAUUUUCCUUUCACAUAAGAAAUAAAAUUGUGGCUGUGUGUGUAUUAUUAACAAUGUUUUAUUUAUUGAAAAUAAAUAUGUUAGGUACAUAUUUAAUGAGUUAUAGAAUAUUAUCUGCAGGCUCUGCAGCAUUAGUUUAUGCAAUGUUUUUGUAUUAUUACUAUGGAUUCAAGAAAAUAGAUAAUUUCGACACAAAAAUAAUUAAUAGAUAUUUUCGGAUUGUUAUUUCAUUUAAAUCUACUUGUAUGUGUCCAAGUUAUGUAUAUCCGACUAUGCGAAAUGUUCAAAGUUAACCCAACCUUAAAAUAUAGUCCAUAAAAAUAGAUGCAUCAAUUAAAAUACAAUCAAAUCAAUAUUGUAUAUUAUAAUUUAUAGAAUAGUAAGUUCCCUAUGUUUUUUUUUAUAUUUUAUGAUACUCUUAUUGGUUGCGGUAUAUAAUAUAUUGUGUCACUGGGAUCAGACUUGAUCCAUAUUGCAAUAGUAUUUAUUCAUAAUAUCUAUGACGGAUUAAUUUUUGACUUGUACUAAAUUAUGACCUUAAAAUUACAAUUUACUCAAAUUUGUUGUAUUUUAAAUAACAACUUUUAUGGCAAGCUAGGUACUUGAUUCUUUAUUUUUCAAUAUCGAAACGUUUUUGUCUUCCUGUUAAGUAAAAUACUUCAAUAAAAUUUUAUUAUCGCUUCGCACUAUAAAUUUAUGAAAAUUUUGCAUUUUUUGUAAUAUAGUACCUAGGUACCUAAAUAAUUUAAUUCAAAUAUUCGAAUAGAGAAUGAUUGUUAUUACAUACGUAAUGUUAAUUAAAAGUUACAAUUUUAUUACCUACUUUGAUUGUUUUAGUAUAAUAUAUGUACCAAGAUAGACCAGUUGUAAGUACAUAUUUGAUUAUGCAUUUUGAUCUUUGAAUUAUUGAUCUAUUUGAAAUUCAUUUUAAGGUGUUAUUUGUAUUUGUUCCGUGAAAUAAAAUUAAUUAACAA